AUGAUUAUAACCGAAUUGUUUCCUAGAGCCUUACCGAAAUUAACUACAACAAGUACUACUACAACUUCGUCUUCGUCUUCGUCUUCGUCUUCUUCUUCUACACUCAGUACUUCAACAUCGACAAGUCGUAGCGGUACUAGUACCAGCACCAGCGCCAGCACAAGUCUCAGUUCAAGCUCGAGCACAGCCAGCACAGCCAGCACAACUCCGACAAUAUCACCGCCUUCAUCAAAUGAUAAUCCUUUUGUCUUUCAUUCACAAAAUGCUCCAAGGGAAGGUACUGUAUUCAUUGCUACAGGUUUUACUAUAUUAAUAAUAUUAAUAAUGUUAAUAAUAUGGUGGAUUAUUUCAAUAAGUUUAAGAAGUUAUAAUUGUAAAACGAAUUAUAAUAAUAGUCAUGAUAUUUCAUCAACUCCACCAAAGUAUAUUGGAAUUUCAAAAGAAAAUGAUAAUGAUGAUUUUGAAAAAACAAAUGUAAAUAAAAAAUCUGAAAGUCAAUCAUUAUUAAUGAAUCAAUCUGAUGUAUCAAUAUCACCAAGUCCAUUAUUUGUAUCACCGACUGUAGCUAUUACUAAAAUACAUAAUGAUUCAAAGAAUAACCCAUUUAAUAGAUUAUCAUUAAUAGAUAUUGAUAGUGUAGAAUCACAAAGACAACAACAAGUUUCAAAUAGAGUUAGUUUAUUAAGUCCUUUACAAAGUCCAAAUAAUGAAAAAUAUUAUUCGUUUCAAACUCAAUUGAGAUUACAAAAACCACCUCAGAUAAUAAAUGAUAGAAAAAAAAUACCUUCAAUGUACUUGGAAGAUUUAUUAGAAAAUAUUUAA